AUGGCGCCCUACGCUCAAGUGGACGAGAGCUUGCGAGCCCUCGCCGGGAAGGCCGAGGGCUUCGGCCGGCGCGCCGUCGGCGGCCUCUAUGGCCCCGUGUAUCACGUCACCACCCUCGCCGGUAUAUUACCUCUUCGCCGUCAUCGUGGUCACUGCAUCUCCUCUCACGCAGACUGAAGAAAUCGCCCCCACCUGCUGACUUCUCGCAGACGACGGGGUCGGAUCGCUUCGCGAGGGCUGCAGCAGACCAGACCCGGUGUGGAUCGUCUUCGACGUCUCCGGCACCCUCCACCUCUCCUCGCCACUGAGGGUAUCCUCCCACAAGACGAUCGACGGCAGAGGGCAGAGAGUGAAGAUAACCGGCAACGGCCUGCAGCUGAGCAAGUGCGAGAACGUAAUCGUCUGCAAUCUCGAGUUUGAAGGUGGCAGAGGACGCGACGUGGACGCCGUCAAGAUCAAGCCGGGGUCGAGGCACAUUUGGAUUGACAGAUGCAGCCUACGCGAUUACGACGACGGACUGAUAGAUAUAACGAGAGAGAGCACCGAUAUCACUAUUUCCAGGUGAAGAUGGGUCACCCAUCGAUUACUUAAUUACAAAUUAAGCAUGGUUAUACAAGUAGAGUUAUCAUGUUAAUUAUCAGUUGAUAUAUAGUAUUAAUGACUAAUAGCUUUAAUAAAUCAAACAAGCCAAUGUUCUAUUAAUUGGUCUUUCAUUUUUACGAAGAAUCUCGCAUUGCUCUUAAGAUUACUGGCUGUUACUUGGUAUGUGAUCUAUUAUUUUUUUUCCUGUUUUAUAUAGAUGCCGAUUUUCCAUGCACAACAAAGUGAUAUUAAUCGGGGCGGAUAGCAAGAACAUUGAGGAUCGAUGCAUCAAAGUAACCAUUCAUCACUGCUUCUUCGACGGAACGAGGCAGCGCCAUCCCCGAGUACGAUUCGGGAAGGUCCAUCUGUACAACAAUUACACGAGGAACUGGGGGUUGUAUGGACUUUGUGCGAGUUUGGAGUCUCAGGUGGCACCACUAAUACGAAUGUGCUAUGUAAGUUAUUUCAUAUCAUGGACCUUGCUUCAUGCUCUCUCUCUCUCUCUCUCUCUCUCUCUCUCUCUCUCGAACUCCAUCAGAUAUUGUCUCAGUGCAACAUCUAUGAAGCUGGUGAGAAGAAGGUCGUCGUCAAGUAUGUGACGGAGAAGGUAAUCACAAAUGUCUACGGAGCUUUCGGGACGCGGAGGUUUCUAGAGUAAUGUUCUUAUGAUGUGUCGAACCAGGCAGCGGACACAGAGGAGGAGACUUGUGGGUCGGUGAGGUCUGAGGGGGACAUGUUCCUGAGUGGAGCCCAGCCCGGACUCUUACCAGGAGGGAGCGCCGGCUGUGUGUUCUGCGCCACCGAGUUCUACCCUGAGUGGUCGAUGGAGCCGGCUUCGGAGGAGCUUAUGAAGGCUCUCGAGGCCUACACUGGAUGGCAGGCCAUCCCGAUGCCAGAGGAGACUACCUAA